UUGUUGUUGUAGUAGUAGUAGUAGAAGGGGGAGAGUAUUUAGUAGUAGCGGGCAUGAAAUCCGUGUAAUAGUUUUUACUCGCUUGCUUCUGCUUGCUAGCUUUCGUCUUCGUCUUCGAGAGAGAGAGAAAGAGACACAAAAACAAAAGCGCGACGAUUUAGAGAGAGAGAGAGAGAGAGACGCUUACUUUCCUUCGUCAUUUCCGCCACUAAAUAAUUGAGAGAACCUCCUCCUCCAUUUCUGGCGUUGAUUUUUGACGCACCGUCUGCCGACUUUUAUAUUGCUUGCGCUUCCACCCACCCAGCCAUUGCUGCACUGACGAUCACCGCCUACAAGAUUUUGGGUGUGUUGUGUUGUUUGAGUUCUGGGUAAGGAGUGAAGUGGGUUGAGCUUAGAUUGUGUUAUUGAGAGGUUUUUUGGAGGUGGGGUUUGAUAAAGAUUGAAGCUUUUUUUUUUUUUGGAAAGAAAAUUUCAUUGUUGUUGGCGGUGUGGGAUUAAAAUGGGUGACACUGAAGAAGCUAAUAGUGAUAUGAUGCAAAGGCUUCAAUCUUCCUUUGGAACAUCUUCAUCAUCAAUUCUGAAACAGCCUUUGUCUAUGGACCAACUCAACAUACCCCAAUUCAACACUUCACAAAUUCGCUCACGCCAUUUUGCGCAGAGCUUUACUGGGGAUAGCAGCAAGAGAUCGGGGAUACCACCCUCACACCCAAACCACAUCCCACCACUUUCGCCUUAUUCUCAGAUCCCGGUGGCAAGGCCGAUUAACCAGACAAUGGGUUCACAGAAUUUUAGCCCAGGAGGACCACCCACCCAUUCGCGAUCAUUGUCUCAACCAGCCUUCUUUUCCCUUGAUUCACUGCCCCCAUUAAGCCCAUCCCCCUAUCGUGAAUCCCCAUCCACCUCCAUGUCUGAGUCAGUGUCUGUGGAUGUGUCAAUGGAGGAUAGGGAUGCAAGUUCACAUUCCCUGCUGCCCCCAUCGCCUUUUUCCAGGGGUAAUUUCUCGAGGGUCGGUGAGACUUUGCCCCCUCGUAAAGCUCAUAGGAGGUCUAAUAGCGAUAUACCAUUUGGGUUUUCUACUAUGAUGCAACAACAAUCUCUACCCCCCAUUGCUCCCGUGAGGGGUUCGGGUGGUUUGGACCUGUCAAUGUCUGGUGCAGAAAAUUCAGGGAUGGUUAAGCCAGCUCAGUUGGUUAAAAAGGAAUCUAGUUGGGAAAGAGCUGGCGAUAACAAUGCGGAAGGGACGGGUGAGAGGAAGUCUGAAGGGGAAGUAGUGGAUGAUUUGUUUUCUGCAUAUAUGAAUUUGGAUAGCAUUGAUGCUUUGAACUCUUCGGGGACGGAUGACAAGAAUGGUAAUGAGAAUCGUGAGGAUAUGGACAGUAGUAGAGCAAGUGGGACUAAGACAAAUUGUGACAGCAGUGAUAAUGAAGUGGAAAGCAGUGUUAAUGAAAGUGGAGGCAUGCAUAGACCGGGACUGAAUAUUAUGACUGAUAUGAGGGAAGGGAUUAAAAGGAGUGCGGGGGGAGAUAUUGCACCGACCACUCGACACUUCAGAAGCGUCUCCAUGGACAGUUUUAUGGGUAAGCUGCAAUUUGGUGAUGAGUCACCUAAACUACCGCCUUCACCAGGAACUCGGCCAGGACAACUUUCCCCCAGCAAUUCAAUUGAUACGAAUUCAAAUGCCUUUAGCUUGGAAUUUGGAAACGGUGAGUUCAGUGGGGCUGAAAUGAAGAAAAUUAUGGCUAAUGAAAAGCUUGCCGAGAUUGCAAUGGCCGAUCCAAAGCGUGCAAAAAGGAUAUUGGCAAAUCGUCAAUCAGCUGCCCGUUCCAAAGAACGGAAGAUGCGCUACAUUUCAGAGUUGGAACACAAGGUUCAGACUCUACAGACAGAAGCCACAACACUGUCUGCACAGCUUACACUAUUACAGAGAGAUUCUGUUGGUCUCAGUAACCAGAAUAAUGAGUUGAAGUUUCGCCUUCAAGCUAUGGAACAACAGGCUCAACUCAGAGAUGCUCUAAAUGAAGCCCUAACAUCAGAGGUCCAACGUUUGAAGCUUGCUACAACAGAUCUGAAUGCGGAUUCUCGCCCUUCUAAGAGCAUGAUUAACGCCCAGAGGUUCCAGCUCCAGCAGCAGUCACCGCAGACUCAGUUCAACCUACAUCAGCAGCAGCAGCAGCAGCAACAACAGCAGCAGCAACAGCAGCAGCAGACACCUCAGCAACUGCAGCAGAAUGGCACAACAACCUCAAAGCCUGAGUCAAAUCAAUAGACCAGACCUGGAGGGACGGUUGCUGUCUGGCUUUGAAUCUUUAUCAAUUUCCGGCUUUUAAUAUAUAGUUGUUACUCUCGAUGCAUUCAUUCAUUAGUUCGUCUCCUACAAAGUCACUAAGGCGUGGUAAUCAUAAAUUCAACCUGCAUUGGUUGCAAGGAUUGUGUUAUGAGGUCGUAUACAAAGUUAUAUUGUUAUUACUUGUGUUUUUUCUAUUUGAUUCCGGUAGAUAUUGGAAUUUCAUCUUUGUUUAAUCAAUUUAAAUUUACUCAA